GUGCAAGUAAUCAAUCGGAAAAAUGGAGAUAACCAAUGUUACUGAGUAUCAAGCGAUUGCAAAACAGAAAUUGCCAAAGAUGGUCUAUGACUACUAUGCAUCAGGUGCGGAGGAUGAAUGGACCCUUAAGGAGAACAGGAAUGCCUUCUCUAGAAUUCUGUUUCGACCACGAAUCCUUAUUGAUGUGAGCAAGAUUGACCUGACUACAACUGUCUUGGGCUUCAAGAUUUCCAUGCCAAUCAUGAUUGCCCCGACAGCGAUGCAAAAGAUGGCUCACCCUGAAGGCGAGUAUGCAACGGCACGAGCAGCUUCUGCAGCUGGCACAAUUAUGACAUUAUCCUCGUGGUCUACUUCUAGCGUCGAGGAGGUUGCUUCAACUGGACCUGGCAUUCGCUUUUUCCAACUCUAUGUGUACAAAGACAGAAAGGUGGUCGAACAGCUUGUGAGAAGAGCUGAGAGGGCUGGUUUCAAAGCAAUUGCCCUCACUGUAGAUACACCAAGGCUCGGUCGCAGGGAGGCUGAUAUUAAGAACAGAUUUACUCUGCCACCAUCUUUGACUUUAAAAAAUUUUGAGGACUUAGAUCUUGGCACGAUGGAUAAGACCGAUGACUCUGGACUUGCAUCAUACGUCGCUGGCCAAACUGACCAAUCACUUAGCUGGAAGGAUGUGAAGUGGCUCCAGACAAUCACCAAACUUCCAAUUCUGGUGAAGGGUGUACUUACUGCUGAGGAUGCUAGACUAGCUGUACAAUAUGGAGCUGCAGGAAUCAUUGUAUCGAAUCAUGGAGCUCGCCAGCUUGAUUAUGUCCCUGCAACUAUUAUGGCUCUGGAAGAGGUUGUAAAAGCCGCACAAGGCAGAGUUCCGGUUUUUCUUGAUGGUGGAGUUCGGCGUGGAACAGACGUCUUCAAAGCAUUGGCUCUUGGUGCAUCUGGAAUAUUUAUUGGAAGGCCAGUGGUGUUCUCAUUGGCAGCUGAAGGUGAAGCAGGAGUCCGUAAAGUCCUUCAGAUGCUUAGAGACGAAUUUGAGCUCACAAUGGCACUCACUGGUUGCCGCUCGCUCAAGGAGAUAACCCGUGAUCACAUUACGACUGAUUGGGACCAUCCUCGUGCUGUAUCCAGGUUGUGAACCCUAUUGCAGCUAUUCCUAUUCUUAUUGGCUUUGCAUUGAAACUGCCUAUGGAAGCUUUUAAGAGCCCGCACUUAUGCUGUUAAAACAUAUAUAAACCAAACUCAUAUUGAAUGGACUGAUGCAUGGAAUAAUUUAAGCCUGUGUAGUGAAAGGUACAUUAUUUGGCCACACCUGGUCUCUUUGCAUAUUCUGCUCCUGAGCAUAGGUUUCGUUA